AUUUGCUUCGAAUUCCACCAUUGGAGACCGAAUCCUAAACAGUUGUUCUACUUUCCAACAGAACAUACCUAUUUCGUAUGACUAAUGUUAAAAUGGGAUUAUGUGUUAAUCUAAUUAAUUAUUAACAGCUCAGUUGCAAGUGGUGUACAGAUAGGGUUAUAUUUUCGUAAUGUGUUUAGAUGUAAGGUUGAAUAUUCUCCUUUUCUUAUAUUUGUGCUUAUCUGGGAUAAUGAGUAGUCAUAACUCAGAUCAUUCCAAUAAUAAAAUGCGGGACUAUGCAGAAGAAACCAGUCUAUCUUUGCGAGAUAUUUUACCGUUGAGGCCGAAACACUAUGACAAAAAUCGCGCCCCUAAAUAUCAUGGCCAACCAACUAUAGUCUAUUUUCAUGUUACGGUACUGUCUCUCGACUCGAUAAACGAAGAAUCAAUGACUUAUGUUACCGACAUAUUCUUGGCACAGAGCUGGCGGGAUCCCAGACUACGACUGCCUGAAAACAUGAGCGAAGAAUAUCGAAUUUUAGAUGUAGAAUGGCUUCACAGUAUAUGGAGGCCGGAUUGUUUUUUCAAAAAUGCAAAAAGCGUUACAUUUCACGAAAUGACUAUACCCAAUCAUUAUCUGUGGCUCUACCACGAUAAGACCCUGCUAUACAUGUCUAAGCUGACGCUUGUUCUAUCUUGUGCAAUGAAAUUUGAAACCUAUCCUCAUGACACUCAAAUUUGUUCAAUGAUGAUAGAAAGUUUGUCGCAUACCGAUCACGACUUGGUUUUUAUAUGGAAUAUGACCGAUCCUCUAGUGGUAAAUCCUGAAAUAGAACUUCCGCAACUGGAUAUAUCCAAUAACUAUACGACUGAUUGCACUAUUGAGUAUUCUACGGGAAAUUUCACAUGUUUAGCGGUAGUGUUCAAUCUGAGACGCCGCUUGGGAUACCAUUUGUUUCACACCUACAUACCUUCAGCACUGAUCGUCGUCAUGUCCUGGAUUUCUUUUUGGAUCAAACCUGAAGCUAUUCCUGCUAGAGUCACUCUAGGCGUGACUUCACUCCUCACUUUAGCGACACAAAAUACUCAGUCACAGCAGUCGCUGCCGCCUGUUUCAUAUGUAAAGGCCAUAGAUGUAUGGAUGUCCAGUUGUUCAGUGUUUGUGUUCAUGUCCUUAAUGGAGUUUGCUGUUGUUAACAAUUAUAUGGGCCCCGUAGCCACUAAGGCUAUGAAGGGAUAUUCUGACGAAGACAUUAACUCUGACCUUAACGACUACCGGGGUAUGGAGCGACCACGUUACAGUACAGUUAGCGCUCCACAGUAUCCGACAUUUUGCAACGGCAGAAGUAUAGCCUUGUGCAUUGACCAAUUCUCUCGAUUCUUCUUCCCCUUUUCGUUUUUCAUCUUAAAUAUCGCGUAUUGGUCGACUUUCCUCUGACAAACAGAAUAUAUUCUCAUGUAAGCACAAUUGAUGUUUGUACCUCUCUAUUGUUACGAUAUAUUACUAUUAGAAGCAAUGUAGAACGUGUAUUUUACCAUUAUUUAAAAUUAUGUCUCGUCGAAUACUUGGUGCACUAGAGGCAAGAGAAAUAGACAAUCACGCCCUGGAAUAGGCACGCGAAACAUUCAUAAAGCUGAUCGUUUCCUGUAUAGUUCCAGGACAUGGUUUUCAUACUUUUCUCACUCCAGAAUCGACUAAUAAAUAAUAGUUAUUAGCUAAAUAACAUAUUAAACCCGUUAUUUUUGAGUUUCUACUCGCGUUGGCGUUACCACUUGAGACUUAGGCUGUAAUAUUUUUUACCUCUGAGUAAAACUAUUGUUUGCAAAACCUUAGCGCUUAGUAUAUACAUACUAAACAUAACUUGUAAUUAGGCUUGAUUGAAAUAAGAGUAUUAAAGUUUCGUGGUAAUCAUAA